GUUUUGAAUAAAACAUAGUACAAAUAAAUUUAGGUACAUUAUGGAAUUAAAAAUAUUCGCAUAAAGAAAAAACCCAGUCAUUCUGGUGAUGAAAACUAAAUGAGAAGAUGACAGGACGAGGAAGUACUAGUCUCCCUAAAAGAAAAAUUAAGAAGAGAAGUGUUAGUCCUCCGAAAACGUCACGUAACUACGAAAAACCAACAAAAGAGUGGUUAAAUAAACAUGAUAUUGGACAUUAUACUGAAGUGCCUGUAAACGUCAAAAGAUCAUCUAAACAUCCAUCGUCUUUGAGAAGUCCAAGGUUGUGUGAAGAGCGAAGAUUUACCAAAUUGCCUCCAUCUUCUCCACAUAACCAGUAUGAUACCGAAAGUACUGAUGAAUAUGAAGACCACGCCCAGUACCUUGGGGAGGAUAGUUCCGCUGGUGAAAGUGAUGAAGAAGACAUACACAAGAAAUUAUUGCUGUAUGAAAGGCAAAGCACCGAGAAAGAGCUAUCAGAAACAUGGAACCUGAAAGUCGAAUCCACCCUAACAGAAAAUGAGCAUCUUAAACACACGUUAAGAACGUAUAAUAAUCAAAUUGAGGCUUUGGAAAGAAGAAACAAAGAAUUUGUGUUGGAGAUGUCAAAUAAAAAUGAUGAAGUCUCAGAGUAUAGUAAAGAGAAACAAAGACUUGAAAUAGAGUUACAAAUCAAAGAUGACAAAAUAAGAAAUCUGACACAAGAGAAAGAUAGUCUUUCUGAAGACUUUGAAUUAAAGGUUCAGGAAUUCAAUGAAUUAAAACAAUACACUGCUCAACUUCAUAAACCGGAAGAUUGUGCUGGCACUAAGAUACUUCAAGAGAAAAUGUUGAAACUCUCGGAGGAAAAUGCAGCACUUAAAAGAAUUCAAUCCAUUCACUUGCAUUGCGAAAAAGAACAGAAGAAGUACGAAGCAGAAAAGCAAAAAUUACAAAAUGCAAUUGAAAAACAUUCAAUGCAGGAGAAAAUGAUGAGAUUUGAGGUUGAUACAAUGAAGAAAGAUUUUCAAAAAGCCCAAAAUAGGAAAAAGGAAAGUGAAGCAGAAAUUAAGAAACUGGAGAAGCGUUGUAGUGAGCAGAAGGAAGAAAUCAACAUGAAGGCUCAAGAAAUUAGCCACCUUAAAACAGAAAUGAAAAAUAUGAAAUUAGGACUCACAAAACAAACCACUGUCACUGUAGAAGUUAAUAAGAAAAAACAAUCAGAGGCGAUCACCAAUAAAAGGAAAGAUGAGAAAAUGCGAGAACAAGUGACAUCAUUGAAAAACAAAAGUAAAGCAAUGGAAAAUGAAAACGAAACGCAGAAGAGACAGAUAGAAGCCAUCAACAAACAGAUGCUCGAGAAAGAGCGCGAAUUAAAGAGUUGCAUGAAAGAGAAACAAAAUUGUGAUACGAAGAUAAAGCAGUUUAAAGCUGAGCUGAAGCAAAAGGAGUUGGAAAUAGGUCAAAUGAAAGGGGAAUGCAAAGAAUAUAAUGAACAGAAGGCAAAUGUGAACCAGAUGCUCCAAAGUAAAGACAGCAAAAUUGCAUCACUCAAACAUGAAAUCGAAAGUUUAAAGGCAGAGUGUAAAGGUUACCCACGAAAAAUGAAAGAUAAAGAUAUAGAACACCAAUCCUUAAAAGAAGAGUUGACUGAUCUGCAAUCGAGAUAUGAUAAAUUGAAAAAAGAAUACAACAGCUCAGAGAAAAGAUUGAAAGAGGAAAAGGAGAAGAUUAAAAGGUUUGGGAAUCUUGAAAUGGAAAUUUUUGAAGAAAAGGAGGAGAAUAACAGACUGCGACAAGAAGUGUUGGAAAAAGAAAUUGCUGAAAGAAAAAUGCUUAAGGAAAUAGAUGACCUGAAGAGGAAUAACGCAGAAUUAGAGCAUGGACUUUCACAGCUUUCAAGAGAUUUGCAACAGAGUGUACAGUCGGAGAUAAAAAAAGCUGAUGAUUGGUAUUUUCUCGAAAGUGAAAAACAUGCACUACUGAAUGAGAUUGGAGUUCUAAAUGACAGAAUGCAGUCAGUGAAAUUAGACAUGGAAAUUAUUUUAAAAGAAAAGCAAACCAUGAAAACAGAAGCAGAAGAAAUGGAAUAUACCUUGCAAUCUAAAGAGAAGCACAUCAGGGAGCUAAGUAAUGAAAGGAAAAGGUUAAAAACAGAAAUGGAGAGAAUGAAGGAAGAAAUAAAUAAUGGAGAGAAAAACAAUCAAAAUAUUUCCGAAAACCUACGCUUUCAAAUGGAAAAUACUCAAAAGGAGUUGAUGAACACCAAAGACAAGUUGAACUCCUUGCAAAAGAAAUGUGAACAAAUUGAGGAAGAGAAAAGGGACGCUGACAAUCGUAGGUCAGAAUUUGAAAAGGCACUCGCAAUAGUGGAUGAAGAAAACUUUGCACUUAAAGAAGAAAUCGAAAGGAUGAAAAAAUAUCAAGAAGAUUAUUAUAUUGCCAGAGAAGAGAAGAGUCGGGGAAACAACAUGUUGAUAGCAAAGGAAAAGGAAAUUUCAGCACUGAAACAAGAACUCCAUGAAGAAGCCGCCAGACUAAAGUUGGUCAUGGAAGAAAAGAUGAUUUUUGAACAGCGUUUCUUCAGUGCUGAUAAAGAAGUAAAAGAGAAAAAGGAAGAAAUAAGAGAUCUGCAGCUGCAUCUUAAUAGGCUGCAAACUGAGAAAAAAAACUUGGAAAAACAUCAAGAGGAAAUACAUGCAAGAACAAAGAAAGAUGUUGCUGAAAAAGAACAUAAACUACUAUAUGCAGGGGACGAAUUAAACAGAACUAAAAGUGAACUGUCAAGACUAAAAUGUGAGUUAGAAGAACUCAAACGUGAAAGGAUUGAAACACAAUCACAUGCCCAGGAAACAAUCCUUGAAGUGUCUGCAGAAAAAUCCAUUGUAGAACGCCAUCAACAAAUGUUGCAAUCGACUUUGGUAUUAAAAGAUAAAGAACUAAGUAGCCUUAAAAAGCAGCUUGAGAGGUCAAAGGAAACAAUUUUAAAAAUGACAGAGGAUACCAAAGAAAGGGAAGAAAAUAUUAGAAGAGAUACGGAGAAAAUUAAGCGAGAAAACAGCUUGUUGCAUGACGAAAUUAGGAAUUUAAGGUUGAAAAUGCAAAGCUUGGAAGUUAAUACGAAAGAAAUAACAAAAGAGGCAGAGCGAAAAACAGCUGAGAAAGAUAACACAAUAAGUUCGAUAACAGAAGAGUUGAGACAAGUCAAAAGUGAACUUGCAAGGAGAAUAGAAGAAUUGAAAGAAAAUGAAAAGAGAAGAGUAGAUGAACAGGCGAAUACACAGGAGAAAUUCCUUGAAACUUCAAACGAAAAAUCACAAGCUGAACGACGACUACGAAGAUUAGAGACGGAUAUAUUAUCAAAGGAUAAAGAAAUUGAAAAUCUUGAAAAACAACUUAAGGGAUCAAAGGAAGCAUUAUCUAUGAGAACAAGAGAAAUGGGAGACUUGGAAGCAAAUUUACACCAAACUGUGGAAAAAUUAAACAAGGAAAACAAAUCCUUGAAAGAACAAGUUAUACACCUAGAGUCAAGGCUAAAGGAAGCCGAGGAAAGGUUUGAACAAAAUAAAAAGGAUAAGCUGAAUACAGAAAAACGGUAUUGGCAUAUUGAAAAAGCAAUCCAAGAAAAAGACGUUUUAAUUGGAAAUUUGAGGAAGGAAUUAGAGAGAACAAAAAUAAAACAUGAGGAACUGUUGAAAGAUACAGAAAUUGUGAAGAGAAGAACAUCAUCAGAUGAAGUUGAGAUGAGAGUGAAGCAGGAAAACAUCUUGUCUUUACAAUCGCAACUUUCAAAUGCAAUGGAAGCAAUUAAUAAGAUCAAACAGGAGGAAAAUAAAUGGCAAGAAAUGUACUCAAGGCAAAGUAAUAUACUCAAACAAAAAGAGAAGGAGAUUGUAGAAACCAAGCAUCAUCUGUCAAGUCUUGGUGAUUAUAAAUUGCGAUAUGAAACAACAAGAGCUGAGCAGGAGAAGAUCUUACAAAGAUACACAGAAUUGAGCAAGGAUGUUGAGAGUAAAGAACGGGAUCUAGAUACCUUGAAACAUCAGCUCGCCAUGCAUGAUGAAAGGAUUGAAAAUUUGACAAAGGAGUCCAAUGACUUGCGGAGAGAUAAACAAAAUAUGGAAAAUAAAAUCACCAAAAUGACAAAAGCUAUACAGCAAAAAGAAAAAGAAAUAGAAGACCUAGUUGAACAACUUGCAAAGUCUGAGGAAAAAGCAGCUGCAAUCUCAAAUGAAGUCGCAAGCAUUCAGCGACUUAGAAAGCAUGAUACUGAGGAAAGAGCACAGCUGUUACUCAAAGAAAACAACGCUCUGAAACUGGAGCUGAAAAAAGUGAACUCUGAGGCUCAUGAACAGAUUUCCGUCCUAAAUAAAGAAAUAAAAAAUCUGCAGAAACCUAAGGUAUUGGAUUCUGAGGAAAGUCUGAAGAAACUUCAUCGAGAAAAUACUAAUCUUAAAUCCGAGUUGGAACGAGUUUCUUCAAGUUUGGAUCAACUAAGAAGAGAUUAUACAGAAGUUAAACGAGAAAAAGAUCAUGCUUUAAACAGGUUAAGCUCAGUAGCUGGAGAAAAAUUAAGAGACAACAAUCCCGGUAUAGCUGAUUUAAGUGAUGAGAACAGACCAAUCAAUCUCGGUGAGAAGUUCAGUCAGCUGUACGAUGAUCAGUGGACGGACGCCAUGGAAAACCUGGAAGAAAAUUUAAGAUUCGGUGAAACGGAGGGCAUUCAGUGUCUUCUUAGCAUAUUAAAGAGAAUUUUCGAUGAGUGUGUCAGGAUUUCGGACGAUCAGUUCGCCCAGUUAAAAGAGAUAACUGGUACAACGAAUUUACCCAGCGACCAGUUGAAGAAGUUGAAAGACCUACGCAAAUCAACAGCCCUACAAUCUGUCAAAAAUGUCAAACAACUUGUGAACAAAGUGAUGCUGAGUGUCUUUAGUAAGGAGAAGGACGGUUGUCAGUCUUAUAUUGACCGCUGUACAGAGUUGUGUUGGUUGAUGUGUGUACAAGAUCCACCUGUUGUCAUUGACUUUACUGCUGUACGUGGACAGGUAGUCGACGAUAAAAUGCUCCGGAAGUUCACAAAGACCGGAUCUAAGAUAGACUUCCUGGUCUGGCCGAUGAUUCGUCUUCACAAAAAUGGACCACUAUUACAAAAAGGGGUCGUGCAACCUCUUUAACUUUCGUUUCGUUUUGAAGAAGAGUUUACAUGAAGUGAUAUAAAAAAAAAAUAAUGAAGAACCAUGUACGUUCGAGGCAUAAUAAUAUUGAAGGAGGAAAGUCUCAGAAUAUUUUUUAUAACUUUCUGAGAUAAUUUCGUCUGAAAAUAUUAUUUAUUUCGUAUUUAAAAAGUAUCUAUAUUAAAAGCUUUUUGAAGAAAAGGACCUGAUAAUUAAUCCAAACAGCUAAAAAAUCAUGUAUGUUUUAUAUGAAAUAAGUAUUAACAGAAAUGUUGAUAAGGAACUGAUGACUAGUACUCUUGUGAUAUUUAUAGAGCUAUUUUAUCAGUGUCAUUGAUUUGUCAUUCCAGAGAAUAUAUACAUUGUAAUCUAAUCAUAUAUAUAGCGAUUUUUACCUUUUUUUAGACACAUAAUAAAAGUGAAAGAGAAAAUAGAUACAAAUGAUAUUUAAUGAUGUACUUUGGUUGAAUAAAUUUUAUGUUACAUAUUUUAUUAUUUCAUUGUUUGUAGAUCUGUCAAUCACAGAUAUAAAUUUCAGUUGUAAAGCAAUACAAUAUCUUAUGCAACAAAAUGACAGAAUAAACACGAGUCUUUACUCUA